AUGACACCCAAGAAGCGAACAAGGGCAUCACGGAGAGCACCCACUACAGUUCUCACCACCGACACAACGAAUUUUAGAGCAAUGGUGCAAGAUUCACUGGAAUACCUCCACCACCAUUUCUGGGUUCAUCGUCGUAUUCUCGAAGGGUCGACCUUUUUGGCUCUGGCUCUGGUUUCGGUCCGGUCAUGUGGAACCUCUAGGUUCUCCCUACCCUCUACGUCCCUCAGCGAAAAGGGUCAACCAACUCCAUUUGCAUCCUCAUCAUCUUCUCCUUCAUUGCUAAACAAUCCUUUAGUUCAUGCUGCUUAUACCGUUAUCGAUAUCAGCAUUCCAAGCAACUAUCAACCUCAGAAUAUGUUAAACUUGCAAAAUCAGAGCCCCAUUUUACCUCUCCAGUCUCUCCUAGACCCUACGGCUAAUAUGCCUGGCUUCGGUGAUAAGACGUCCCAUGGAAGUUCGGGACCCUCCCUUGAUGAACUGGGGUUGAGCCAUGGUCAAGUUAAUGCCAACCUGGGUGGCUUAGCACCUGAUGCUGCACGUCAUGGAAACAGGAGAGACGGGGUUGGAUUGAACCAAGGCAACCGAGAUCAUUCUAGAGCUGUAGGUAUUGUUGAGUCAUGGAUUCGUCCUGCAGAGAUAGGUAGCCAUACAAUCCUCUCCACUUGCAGCUGCUCAGGAGAACCUAUUCCUCCUGCUCCUCGCGUGAUUCCUCUUACAUCUGCUGUAUUAUUGCAGCAUGAUUUGAGCUGCAAAGUGUCAUAG